AUGAGGCCCUUAACAGAAGAAGAAACAAAAUCGCUGUUUCUAAAGCUGUCAGAGUAUAUCGGAAAGAACAUUGAACGACUGAUCAACCGAAGUGACGAACGACAUUGUUUUCGGCUGAUCAAAGACCGAUGUUACUACAUCAGUGAGUCUAUUAUGAAGUCUGCGACUUCUAUUGGUCGAGAGCACUUGCUUCACGUUGGCACAUGCAUGGGGAAGUUUACCAAGACGGGGAAAUUUCGUCUUCAUAUUACAGCUCUGGAAUACAUUUCACAAUAUGCAAAAUACAAGGUGUGGGUUAAGCCAUCGGCCGAAAUGAGCUUUCUGUACGGCAAUCAUGUGUCUAAGAAUGGGCUCGCUCGAAUGACGGAAAACACACCUCAAUAUUCAGGAGUUGUUGUGUACAGCAUGUCAGAUAUCCCUCUAGGUUUUGGCGUCGCUGCGCAGAGUACCGAACAUUGCCAGCAGUUGGAUCCGACAGGGAAUGUCGUACUUCAUCAAGCGGAUAUUGGUGAAUAUCUUCGGGGUCUUGAGGAGGACAUGUUCUAG